CACCGGACGACAACGAUGUUGUCCAUAUUAAGAAAAGCGCGUUUGAAGGACAAAGAGAUGCGCAUAUUGAUGCUUGGUCUUGACAAUGCAGGGAAAACGACCAUUGUGAAGAAGAUCAUGGGAGAAGAUGUUAAUAGCGUCAGCCCAACUCUUGGCUUCAUUAUUAAGACCAUAGAUUAUGAGGGAUAUAAACUUAAUAUUUGGGAUGUUGGUGGCCAGAAAACUUUGAGAUCAUACUGGAGAAAUUACUUUGAAAAGACCGACGCCCUUAUCUGGGUAGUUGAUGCGACUGAUCGUCUGCGUGUUGAAGACUGCAGGACCGAAUUACAAGGCCUGUUGCAAGAGGAAAGACUCUCUGGAGCGAGUCUCCUUGUCUUCGCGAACAAGACAGAUGUCAACGGCUGCAUGGAUGAGACAGAAAUCCAAGAGGGCUUGCGGCUAGAUGAGAUCCGAUCGCAUAAAUGGCACAUCAUACGUUGCAGCGCCGUUACAGGUACAAACCUCAACGAAGGGCUAGCUUGGGUGGUUAACGAUGCCAAAGCCAGACUUUUCUUGUUCUGAGCCAUAUAAUUCAAGUAGUUCUUGUUGUCAUGGCUACCCGGACGACAUCCACUGGAGUGGACGAAACAGGCUCUGGAGCUAUAAGGCCAAGCGGCUCCGUAGUCGUACAAUAUCUCGGGGGUUGUCCAGGGACAACGCGCCAGCAACAACUCCCCUCGCGCUAAGGGAUAAAUGGCCAAGACAUAAACAAAACAUGGAGGGGUGCAUUUCAGACAAUUGAGGAACACCAGAGUCGGUGGUGGAAUGGAGCACAAAAAAUACCAAUUUUACGAGAUAUAUUGGUGAAUAUAGUAUCAGGACACAGAAAUAUUGUAUAUUGCCUGUGUGCGCGAUUCUUGGAUCGAGUCCUAUGUCGGAUGCUGAUCGGUGUCCUGCGGGCGGCCUUUUGCCAAGACCUGCGAUUAGUGACGCUUAAAUCGAACCUAAAUAGAUUGAAGCAAGUACACCCGACC